GGUUUGUGGAAAGGCAACGCUGGAUGGUGGGAAGAAAAAAUGAUCCGGACUGGCUAAAAGGCUGUUAUCCGGGGUGUCCCGGAGAAACGGGAAGGUGCAGAGAUGCAGGAGAGUGUCCGUUUUGCUUCAUCAGGAGAUGAUGAUGUUAAAAUAUGGAACUCUUCUUCUAUAACUAUUGUGGACCAAUUUAGUCCCCAUACAUCUUCACACCCAGUUAAUUCAGUAUGCUGGGGUAGCAACAAUAACUUUCUGGUAACAACAUCAGCUGUUGGUGAUAAGAUAGUGGUUUCAAAUUGUAAAGGUAAACCAGUCCCACUCUUUGAACUAGCUGAAGGGGCAAAACAAACAUGUAUAAGCUUGAGUUCCAAUUCAAUGUAUAUUGCAAGUGGAGGAAUUGAUAGCACUGUUAAUAUUUGGGAUUUAAAAUACAGAAAACUUCACCGAUCUCUUAAGGAUCAUAGAGAUGAAAUAACUUGUGUGUCAUUUAAUUGGAAUGAUUGCUAUGUUGCCUCAGGAUCUAUGAGUGGUGAAAUUAUCCUGCAUAGUAUUGCUACAAAUUUAUCCAGCACUCCAUUUGGCCAUGGAAGCUCUCAACCCAUACGACAUUUGAAAUAUUCUCCCUUUAAAAAAGCAUUACUGGGCAGUGUCUCUGACAGUGGAACUGUAACCCUGUGGGAUGUCAACAAUCAAACUCCAUACCAUAACUUUGAAAAUGCUCAUAAAGCUCCAGCUUAUGAAAUCUGUUUUUCUCCCAUCAGUGAGUUGCUGCUUGUAACUGUAGGUCUAGAUAAAAGAAUAAUUCUCUAUGACACAGCAAGUAAAAGGCAGCUGAGGACUUUAGUAGCAGAAUCUCCUCUAACUGCAGUAGAAUUCAUGCCUGAAGGAACUUCACUGGCUGUUGGCUCUUCUCGUGGAAAAAUAUACUAUUAUGAUUUAAGAAAGCUGACAGCACCUGUGAAAUCAGUCAGUGCUCACAAAACCUCUGUGAAAUGCAUAACACUGCAGAAUUGUAACAGCUUUUCAAAGUCUAGUCAUAAAACAAGUUCAAGUAAGCAGACUUGCAAAAAACCUGAUGUCAAAUCAACAAAUAAUACUGGAGGAGUUCAGAAUGUUAUUUUAAAAAGUCUUACUUCUAAUGUACCUGCUACUUUCCUGCCCCAGUCCAUGCCAACAUCUGAAAUUAAAGGGGCUGAUGCCAUUCCAGAUAAAUCAGGCUUCCCCCAGAGCAGCAGUUUGGAUGUAAUUCCUUCCAAAGAAAUGGAUCAUGGGAAUACUUCUAAUUUAACUAAUUUUGAUGAUUUGGGAAGAAAUAGUUUAGGUGACCUAUUUUCUCCACUUCGAGAUGAUAUUGCAGCUUGUAAAGCAAAUGAAGAUGUUCCAGGAAAGAGUGAUGGUUUGGAUUAUCAGCCUUAUCUUUUAAGUGUGGAUUUUUUCUCUCAGUUUAAUACUGCUUUACCUGCAAGAAAAAAUCCAGCAGGAUCAAAUUCACAAAUUGUUCAUUCAAGUCCACUUAAUAUAUUUGUUGGAUCCCCCAUUAAAGAGGAAGAUGAGAAUCCAGAUAUUGAUGCUAAGAAAACAAAUCAUGGAAGACAAGAAUCAAGUGAGCAUAUCAAACAGUUGAGUUCCUCAAGCUCUGAUUCUUCAAGUCUGAAUACACCACCUGUUGCCAAUUUAAUCAAGAGUCCUGAUUCUAGAGAAAGACUUAUUAAGAAUAUCCAGGCACAACUUAUGUAUGACUCACCAGUUAAUGGCACUACCUCAACAAGUCCAAAGAUAACCUCCAAUAUUACUUCUGGAGUUGCUAGUACACUAUCUGAAAAAAUAGCAGAUACUAUUGGAAGCAGCCGAUUGAAUGCGCCUUUAUCAUCAGUUCAAAUUCAUUUCAUUCAGAAUAUGAUACAAGAAACUCUGGAUGAUUUCAGGGAAGCUUGUCAUCGUGACAUUGUAAAUUUGCAAGUAGAAAUGAUCAAACAGUUUCAUGUGCAGCUGAAUGAAAUGCAUGCCUUACUUGAAAGAUAUUCUAUAAAUGACAGUUUAAUAGCAGAAAUUGAGAGAUUGCGUGAAGAAAAUAAAAGAUUACAGACCCACUUCUGACAGAUUCCUAUUCAUGUGAAGAAAAUAAGUUGAAUUUUUUUCUGUUCCAAGUGGCUAAGGCAUUAUGAUGUCAUCUGACCAUUUCUGAAGUAGAGUGUAAAUUCAAUUAUUUCUUUCAGUACCAAAUGUUUUUAAUAUGUAGAAAAGCAAUAUAUACUUACUUAAUACAGAAAAUGCACUAAUGUUUGUAUCAAAGUGUUUGUAUGGUAAAGAAGUUGGUUGAAAACUGAGGCUAACAGGAUUAUUAACCAGUUCUGUAUCUGUAUAUAAAGUGCCUUUAUAAAAAGACUAAAUAGGAAAUGUAUUUUGUAUAAGAAUUCAUCAACCUUCUUUGUCUUAUGUGUUGUUGGUGGAGUGCUCUCCUUUUAGCCUGAAAAAUUGCAAGUGCCUGACUCAAAAUUUUUAUAUUGUACACACUCUUUAAAAGCUCUUACCUUUCCUAUGAUGGUUACUUUGUAAGUGUAGUAGAAUGCAACUCUAAUAUGUAACUCUAUUGCAAACAAAGGACCCUCAGCAUUUAUAUAUAAUUUCAGAGCACAGUUUGAAUAAACUAUUUGUGUAGUCUUGUCUAAACAUAUCUGACCCAAUAGUAUUACUAUACUAAAAAAUCAGCAAUUCCUCAAGCUGUUCUUUCAGUACAGAUUUGUUGAUUUCUAGUGCAGCCAUAGUCAAACUCAGUUAUUUCAGUUUGACUUUGCUGUUUAUUAUAUUUUUGUUAUCACCAUUGUAGAAUUGAAUCGGCUUAAUAUAAUUUAAUUUGCAAAUCAAAUAGCUAAAAUUACUCAGCUAUGCCCUGGGAAAAAUAUGUCCUGUAUCCUGGUAUAAUGUUACUAUAUAAUUAUUUUAGCCCCUGCAUCCUCCAGCCACCAAAAUUUUUAAAAGAAUGCAACUUCCAGCACAGAAACAUGUGCCUCUGAUGUAAAUGAUGAAGAAAUUGUCUUCUGAUAGUCCAGGUGGUAUAUUUUUAAAAACAUGUACCAAGUUGGUACAAUUCAGGAAAAAAAAAUGUUUAGUUUAUCAAUGAGGAAUGUGUACAUGGUGAUACAAUCCAUUCCAGAAUAAAAACAGGCUGCCUUGGAAAGUGGCAGACUCUUACUUAUUAUAGCUUUGUAAACCCAGAUUGGAUAGCUUCAGGAUGCUCUAGUAAUGGAUUUCGUUCACCAACAGGGAGUUUGGACUAUAUUUUCAAAAGAGAAAUGUCUGUCUCAACUAAGUUCCACAAAAUGUAAAAAGCUUUCAGUAUUUUAAUAAUAUGAGUAAUGCAACUUGAAUUUGCUUUUCCAGAUGCCACUUGGUUUGUAACAAACUGGCAUAGCUAUUUAUAAGUGCAGUGAUUUUAGGAAGGGACGUUCUGAUUUCCAGAAUUGUGUAUAUCCCGCAUUUAAUAUAAAUAACUCCAUUAAAGCCUUUUCUUUCCCUAUUCACACCACAAUUCAGGAGAAUUACAUAUUUAGAAAUGAAUAGUAUGCAGCAGUACUGUAUACUUUUCAUACAGGACUUGUAGUGGAUGGAUGUUCUAAACCCAAAAUUGGCAAGGAUGAUAUGAAAUCGGACCUAUGGGAAUUACUGUGAAAGGCAAUGCAUUUAAGUGCAUGAGUCAGUUGUAGUUUCUUAUACAGGUAAGGCAUAUUAUUUUGGCAGCAGAUACAAAGUACUUAGAAAACGUGUCAAAACCUUGUGCUUGUCUUCCUUCCUUCGUUAUAUUUUUUUCCAAUAUCUGAAGCAUUGCUAAUUUCAAGUCUCUUACUACAUGUAAGAGAACUUAAAUGACAUGUCACUUUCUUUUAUAUUCUGCAGAGAUCAAAAUCAUUGGAUUGUUCACAGUGUGUUUAAAAAUGUAAAACUAAGAAAUGCUUUCACACAGAGUAUAACCUAUUCAGUGCUUUUGCAUAAAAAUUAUUUUAAAAACUCUUGACUUUAUAAACCAGCAAGGCUAAUUUAGCCACUUAAUAUAUACAUUUGAACUUGUAUAUCUGACGUAAAGAUCUGACUUUUUUUCUGUUCCCAGUAAUCUGGCACAGAAGAUGCUUGUCUUUCACGUGAACUCUUAAAAUCAUUUACAGAAAAGGGCAACCAUAUUAGAUUCUUUUGUGAACCUCUCCUGCAAUACAGAAAUGUUUCCAAGAUUCUGUGGGGAAGAAAGUUGAAAUGUUGAAAUUUAUAUUUAAAAACCGUACUGUCAUAAAGGAAAGGAAAGGAAAACCUUCAGCUAAAUAUUAUUAUGGGAGAUCUGUGUUAACUCCUGUAUUUGAAAACUUGUAAGAUAGCCAGGAUUUUAAAAAUAAGACAUGGUGACAAGCCAUGGGGUACAUUGAUGGGUAUACUGGCUUUGGUGAGUGGAAGCCAGAAUGAAAGCAUGGAGAGUUCUUAAUUUACUGAACCAAUUUCCCACUGUGAAAUCCACAGGUUUCUGUACUGAGUGAAUUUUGGCACGCUAGUCCAUUUUUCAGAUUAAUAUGCUUUCUUUGCUCAUUUACUAAACAGAGAAUGUGUUGUGUGAUAUCAUACAAUAAAUACAAUCCAAUUAUCUUUUAAAAUA